GAUCUAUGAGCUGGCACAUCAGUUUAGGGCUGGGUAAUGCAUGCAGUCUUUACAAGGGAGCUAAACAUUCAGGACUGUGUUUCAACCUUUGGUUACUGCUGAGUAGAGUCUUAAUUGUCCCAGCAAAGAUGCAUUGUGAUCUUUGCACUGGUAUGCUGCUUUGCAAUUCUGGUUGCACUGAUAUUUUCGGCAGUGGAUAUUAUGGGAGAAGAUGAGGAUGGACUCUCAGAAAAGAACUGUCAAAAUAACUGUCGGUAAGAGGGUUGCUCUUGUGGAAAAUAUUCCUGAAGGGAUCAACUAUUCAGACAGUGCACCAUCCCAUUUGUCUCUUUUCCAAGGCUGGAUGAAUUUGCUUAAUAUGGCUGAAAAGUCUGUUGACAUAGUAUCUUCCCAGUGGGACCUCAAUCACAGUCAUCCAUCAGCAUGCCAGGGUCAGCGUCUUUUUGAAAAAUUGCUCGAACUGGCAUCCCGAAACAUUGAGAUAAAACUAGUGAGUGAUAUACUGCCCGUGGAAUCAAAGGUAUUAAACGACUUGAAAACAAAGGGUGCCGAAGUGUUGUAUAUGAACAUGUCAGCAUAUAAUGAAGGGCGGCUUCAGUCAUCUUUCUGGAUUGUUGAUAAGCAGCACGUGUACAUUGGAAGUGCCAGCCUAGACUGGAGAUCAUUGGGACAGAUGAAGGAACUUGGCGUCAUCGUAUACAAUUGUAGCUGCCUGGUCUUGGAUUUACAAAGGAUAUUUGCCCUGUAUAGCUCAUUAAGAUACAAGAAUAAAAUACCUCCAAGUUGGUCUAAGAGACUAUAUGGAGUGUACGAUACUCAAAAUAAACUGACGCUGCAGCUGAACGAGACAAAAUCAGAAGCUUUCGUGUCGAAUUCACCUAAACUCUUCUGCCCAAAGGACAGAGUCCUGGAUAUUGAAGCUAUAUACAGUGUUAUUGAUGAUGCAAAACAGUUUGUAUACAUAGCUGUCAUGGACUACUUGCCGAUCGUCAUCGACACCAAUGCUAAACGGUACUGGCCAUAUUUAGAUGGGAAGAUACGAGAAGCAUUAGUUUUGCGAAGUAUUAAAGUACGACUUCUCAUAAGUUUCUCAAGAGACACAGAUCCCCUUACUUUUAACUUUGUUUCAUCUCUGAAAGCUAUUUGCACUGAAGUUCCAAGCUGUAGUUUGAAAGUUAAAUUCUUUGACCUUGAGGAAGAGAGUGCAUGCUUUCUUAAAGAACAGAAGAACACUUCCCUUCCCAAAUUAAAUCGUAACAAGUAUAUGGUGACUGAUGGAGCUGCAUACAUUGGUAAUUUUGAUUGGGUAGGAAAUGCAUUUACGCAGAAUGCUGGAGCUGGCCUUGUUAUCAACCAAGCAGACGCGGGGAACAGCACAAGCAUCAUUAAGCAACUCAAGGCUGUUUUUGAAAGGGACUGGUAUUCACAUUAUGCCAAAAGUUUACAACCAACAAAAAUCCCAAACUGCUUUAAUCACAAACUUAAUAAAGCAACAUCAAAUAAGACUGCCAUGAGCAAUGUGAAUUAGAAAGACUAUUUUACUGUUUAAUAUGGCAAUGAAGAAUUACAAUGGGGUGUAACCCUCUUUCAUAUUUACAGACAAAAGACUUAAAAAGCAAAAAAAGAAGUUUGGUUGGGGGGGUGUUUUUAGGAAAAAGCACACUUAUAUAAAAACUGUCUAAACUAUAUUCUCUAUAUUGAUCUAUUUAAGACUUUCAAAUUUGUUACUUCUGACACUGAAUGUCAUUUCUGCUUCCAUGUUAAUUUUAAUGUUCCGCGUUUGAAUUUAACAGCAUGUGUCAGUUCUUCUGUUUCACUUUUAGAACUUUCCCUAAUUGCCAUCCUGGCUAGAAUGAACUUUGAGGCAAAACCAAGAUUCAAGAUAUAAAAUGGCAUUCUAAGAUCAGUUAUUAUUGACAUACAAGUAGAUGAUAGAUUUACU